AUGCCCACUUCCGCUAUAGACGACCUUGUUCACAACAUACUCGCUGAAGUCGCCUCCACAAUUAUGAGCAUACCCGCAUCGCCCACGCUUGUCAAUGGAGUACCCUCUCGAGCACAGACACCCUUUAUCCGAACCUCAUCGCCCUCACCUUCUAUCGAACUCAGUCACGCAUCGGACGAACAAGAAUUUGCCACACGUCUGGUCUCGGCUAUCCGUGUUCCUGUCGACUUCACAGAUAUCCUCGUCGCCUUACGAAAUCGCCCGCAAGAUCGACAAGCGGUGGUUUCCAUGCAACGAGCAUUAGAAAUGGUCGAGUGGAUGCAGACGGCCAGACAAGAGCUCAUCGCAGCAGAAGAAAGGACGAGUAGAGCCCGGACCAGAGUCGACCAAGUCUGGUCGUUGAUGCGCAGUACGGUCACUCGUACAGCACAGGAGAUUUGGAGGGAGCAUGGGGACGAAGACAUCGGACACAUCCUCGGAUACACCACUAAUGGAAUACCCGCAUCCACUCCUCGCUCGUCGCCAGAACCAAUUCCCGUUCGACCUCGCCCUCCUCGUUCGCACGUACCCAGUGGACGAUCUCCGUUAUCCCAACCAUCUUUCUCGACUGCAUCCACUUCUUCGCGUCGCAGUCAUCCCUACAGGAAUGGACGUAUCCCCGAACAAGGAUCACGAACCAGCCGGCGGACAUGCUACAGAUGUGGAGGAGAUCAUUAUGUCCGCGACUGCCCCCGACGACGAUGA